CGCACUGCCGGGCGCACACGGUAAAAGGCCCUUCGACUCUAAUCACACCGCAAUUCAGAGUGACUCGUCUACGGCGUGUACUGCCCGUCCACACUGCGGCCCCAAAUCACGCAGACACCCGGCCCUUCUCAUCCUUGUUGUCCUAGGUAUAAAGACCACCCCAGAGCAGGUUUUAUCCCAGAUCACGCUGGUUCAUCUUCACACCCGCUGAAGAACUCAACAAUAUGGAACAGUUCAACCGGCUCAGCUCUGAGCGCUUCGCUCACUUACUUUCUCAUGUCUCUCAGCUUCGUAGAUCAGACGUCAUUGCUCUGCUUUCCUCGGCGACUGUACUUGCGUUUGUUGGACCAGCUCUGUUCAAGCUCUCCAGGGCAUUCUUGCACCAAUACCGUUCUCCACUUCGGUUGGUGCCCGGUCCCAAAAGCUCGAACUUUUUCAUCGGAAAUUUAGUAGAGAUAGGGGAUUGGAUCGAUGUUGCCGAAUCGGCACGGACGAUUGCACAAUGGACGGAGACAUUUGGACCCAUAUUCAAGUGCAAGCUAUUCUUCAAUCAAAAUAUGCUCGUGCUGAUGGAUACUAAAGCGCUCAAUCACGUUCUCUCUCACCCAGUCGAGUAUGAAAAGCCCCCCCUCGCUCGUAAGAAUCUGGGCAGUCUCCUUGGUCAGGGUCUGUUGGUUGCUGAGGGUGAUGUUCACAAGCAACAGCGCAAACUAUUGAAUCCCGCUUUUAGUCCUAUACAGAUACGAGAGCUCACGCAAACGUUCAUCCAAAAAGCGAAUUACCUAUGCGAUCUUAUGACGAUAGAGAUAUCCAAGGCUGGCGAUAGCAAGGCAGCCAUAGACGUUAUUCCAUGGUUGAACAAGGUCACAUUGGACAUAAUUGGGCGUACAGCGUUUGGUUAUUCGUUUGAUGCAUUGAAUCCGGCGGGAACUCCAAACGAACUGAGCGAGGCCAUGCAGUCUGCCCUCAGGGUCCCUAAAGGUUUACCUAUCUUCGCGAUCCUCCAAGCUAUUUUCCCCCCACUACGUAUUAUACCUACCGAACAGCAAAAGUCUAUCAAGCACAGUCAUGACACCGCCUUCCGUGUAGGACGACAAUUGUUUGAAGAACGGAGAGCUGCAGUUCUUUCUGACGUCGAAAUGGGCGAGGCUAAGGGAUCGGGUGGUGGGGCGGGGUCAGAAAAGGCACGGGUGCUCCGGGACAACGUGCAAGGAGCUGAUCUAUUUGCUCUCUUAGUCAAGGCAAACAUGGCUACUGACCUUCCUGAUCACUUGCGGAUGAGCGACGAAGAUGUCCUGGCCCAAAUUCCGACGUUCGUAUUUGCAGGUCACGAAACCACGAGCUCUGCUGUCACCUGGACUCUGCUAGCCCUCUCCGAAAAUCAGGCAUACCAGGCGAAACUUCGCACGGAGCUCCUUUCUGUUUCAAGCAGCACACCGACUAUGGACGAACUUAAUGUGCUGCCAUACUUGGACAAGAUUGUUCGCGAAACUAUGCGCCUCUACGCACCCGUGCCCAACACCGUCAGACAGGUCAUGAAGGACGAUGUUAUUCCUACUCAGAGUGAAUGGGUCGAUCAACUUGGCCAGAAGAGGCAAGGACUCCCUGUCAUGAAAGGAGAUCUUAUCUCCAUUCAGAUUCUUCCCCUAAACACUUCGAAGGCGAUAUGGGGCGAUGACGCCCUCGAAUUCAAACCCGAACGGUGGGACGACCUCCCCGAUGCUGUCCGUUCCAUUCCCGGAGUCUGGGGCAACAUGUUGUCGUUCCUUGGCGGAAAUCAUGCCUGCAUCGGCUACCGUUUCUCUCUCGUGGAGAUGAAGGCGAUUCUCUUCAUGCUCAUUCGCACCUUCCAUUUUGACCUGGCUAUCCCUCGUGAAGACAUUAUUGCAAAGGCCAAUGUCACCCAGAAACCAUACAGGAAGAGUGCUCCCGACGCAGGGCCUCAGCUGCCUUUGUCUGUAUCUCUUGUGCGCUUGGAUUAGAGGGUUAAAGCUGGUGUCCCAGUUACUGUUCUCGAUUGCUAUCACGGGUUCUGUACGAAUAUUGUACUCUGAUUACAUUGCUAUCCUUACCCAGCUCCGUGUCCCUCAACUCACAAAUAAUAAUCACGACGCUUGGCC